AUGGAUUCCACACUGGGCCCCGUCCUCGACGAGGACAGGUACCGAACAGAGGUCCUCCAACUGGAGUCGUCGGAAGCUGAACAAGCGCGGGCGCAACAGCUUUGCGACGAGGCGCGGCAGUUGGGCCUCAAAGUGCCGGAGAUUGAAGCCUCGGCACCGCUGGCUGCUUCGAUCGCCUCUGGGAUAGUUGAUCUUUCAUUCCCGGUGCUGUCUUCGGGCUCUUCGACGGAUCGAAACUCAAUUCGCGAUGGAUCCAUUACCCCGUCACACGAAACGUCCUCUUACUCCCCAGUUGCGCUCAACCAGAUCGUCUCGUCACUGUCCGACAUCACACUUGCCUCGGCGCGCGUGAAGCCGGGCAGCACGCGGUCCCACGCUUCUUUGUCGACUCGACCGACUUCUUUUUGUUCCAGCGAAAGCCGGACACUUCCGGGUGGAUAUGGAAGUCAUCAUGAUGGACUGGCGGUGAAUCAGAACCGGAUGUCGAUGAUCAGUCUUGCGUCGGUCGAGAAGAAGGAAAAGCCACGCAGCAGCAUUAAGAACGCCAUUGGCCGGAUACAAUUCCGCAAAAAGCGCCCCUCGAGUGUGAUCUUCCCGCCCAAUGCUCAAAUCAAUAUCUCCAAAGGCGAGACAGGGGUCGACCGACUCGACCUCGAAUCAAAGCCAGAACCACAAGCCAGUCACGACAUAGUCCAACGCCCUGCUACCGCUGUCGAACUUUUGCCCAGGCUAGAGAUCCCGGCAUUCGAUAAAGAGUCAAUGCAGAGAAGUGCGGAUGAUCCGGAGCUCAGCGCGAUGCACGAGCGACAUCGCAUGGAGCGAGACCGCCAUGUCGCAUUCCAAGACGCCGCCAUCAGCACUCUCCGGCGCCGACACCAGACAGCCAUCCAUGAGAGACAGGUCGAAAACAAGCUUUUAGAGGAAGAAAAGGAGCAAAAGAACACUGCGGCAGCUCUCCGAAUCGAAGAACGCCAACUCGCAGUGGAGGUCGAACAACAGCGCGAAUUUGACCGGGCUAAGAUGAACUCGCGUACACGCAUCAAACACAUGGAGGGUUAUUUCCGCAACGCAAGUCCUCCGCCCUCUCCGGCCGGCGCCGCGCAGCGGUCCUCAGGCUCCUUCUCAGGGUCCGAUACAACGCCACCGUCGCGUCGCUUCACGCGACAGCAGCGAGAACAGCUGGAACAACAAUAUCAUGCCCAUGAGUCUAUGGAUGCUCUGCAUGAGGCGCGGAUCAAGGUUCUUCGGGAUCGCCAAGAGCUCAAGCUACAGGAAGCCAUUGAGCGCAUGGAACGCGAGCUCGAGAAUCUCAUCCAAGAGCACCUGAAAGACGUGCAAGCGCUACAGGCUGAACAUCAAAAGGAAGAGUCAUAUCUUCUGCGGGCUAUGGACGCAAAGAAAACAAAUCUGCGCCAUCGUUGGUACCUCGAAGAGGCUAUUCUGCGUCGCCAACUCGAGACCCGCAACAGUCGACAAUACGGACCUUUGCCUCAAAUUCCCUUCAGUGGAUCAUCUACAGAAAUGAACGGCUCUGCCAUUUCAACCGCCGAGCCAUCUCCUGUCACCGUUGGAGACACGAAAGAAAGCACAGCCAUGCCGUCACCGGCGGAGCACCCUUGUCCUUGA